AUGGCGAAGGCGAGGGUGCUGGCCCCCAGGCGCGCCCCGGGCGACCCCGCGCCUGAGCCCGAGCUCGUCAAGAAGCCGAAUCGGAAGAAAAACAGGAAGAAAAGAUUUUGGAAGAACAAAGCGAGAAAAGCAGGCAGAAAGCCGGGAAACGGCCCCGGCGUGGUCGUGGUGCGACCUCCAAAGGCACCGGAGGACUUUUCCCAAAACUGGAAGGCGCUGCGGGAGGAGUUGCUGAAACAAAAAUCACAGGCCCCGGAAGAGGCUCUUGUUCUGUCUCAGACGGAUUCCAAAAAGCAGCCCCAAAGUGUCCGGCAAAACAGGAAAGUGAUCUCAGAUAAAGCGAAGAGAGAUGAGAUGGGGACAGAAAACACAGACCCCAAGGCCACAGGGGGCUCUGUGCCCUCAGGAUGUCUGAUGAACGGGAAGAUCCGGGCACAGCGCGAUGAGAAAGGAGCGAAGAAAAGGACCAAUGAUGACAUUUCCCCGAAACGAGGAGAAGUCAGACAUAAGAAGUGGAAAGCUGAGGAGGUGACCACCACCUUGCCUCCGGCCCCGCCCACCGAAGAAGACAUCUGGUUUGACGACGUCGACCCAGCGGACAUCGAAGCAGCCAUCGGCCCGGAGGCAGCCAGGAUAGCACGGAAGCGGCUGGGUCAGAGCGAGAGCACCAUCACGCUGGUGAAGGAGCGGGCCUUCGGCGGCCUGACUAAAGCCUUAGCCGUGGACUGUGAGAUGGUGGGCGUGGGCCCCAAGGGGGAAGAGAGCAUCGUGGCCCGCGUGUCCCUGGUGAACCAGUACGGGAAGUGUGUUUAUGACAAGUACGUGAAGCCAGCUCAGCCGGUGACUGACUACAGGACGGCGGUCAGCGGAAUCCGGCCCGACGACCUGGCUCAGGGAGAAGAAUUUGAAGUCGUUCAGAAGGAGGUGGCAGACCUGCUGAAGGGCCGGAUUCUAGUCGGACACGCGCUGCGCAACGACCUGAAGGCGCUGUUUCUUGGUCACCCGAAGAAGGAGGUCCGGGACACUCAGAACAAGCCUUUCCGGAGCCAAGUGGAGAGUGGACGGCCGUCUCUGAAGCUGCUUGCGGAGAGAGUCCUGGGGAUCCGGGUGCAGCAGGCGGAGCACUGCUCAAUUCAGGAUGCGCAGGCAGCGAUGAGGCUGUACGUCCUGGUGAACAAGGAGUGGGAGAGCAUCGCCCAAGACAGGCGGCCCCCAGCCUCCAACGCCCACGGUAACGACGCCUAG